AUGAAGAGGGGCCCCAUUGCCGGUCUGACGGGUCUGCAGAAUCCUGGACUGGAGCUGGAGAUGACAGGAAGCAUCAACAGAAUCCAGGUCUCAGGGUGUCCUCAGGUUUCGGGGUGUCCUCAGGUCUCGGGCUGUCCUCAGGGGUCCAGGUCUUCAGUUUCAGCAGCAGUGAAGGCUGCAGCUCGGUGGGCGUCGUACUCCUGCCAUCGAUGGAAGCAGAGAAGAAGAAAACUGACAGGUGUUCAGCUGGGGAUAAAGUACAGAGGUCUGGCUGACGAUGAUGAAGGCAGCGAAGUGCAGAGGGAUGAAACUGACACAACGAAUAGAAACCAACAGCUGAAUAAAAAACUGCUGAAUCACUUUAGACAACUGGCUGCUACCAACCAGGACACUGACCAGGUGGACUUUGACUUUCUGGAUAAGGUGAUCUCAGAAGGAGCAGAUCCCAACAGCUCAGACAGAUAUGGACAGACCAUCCUGCAUGAGAUCUCCAGAGCUUGGAGUGUGGAUGUGAUGCGGUUCUUUUUGGACCGGGGAUCAGACCUCCUCCGACCAGAUCAGUUUGGAGUCACUGCACUCCACGUGGCCUCGGCGCUGGACUACCAAGACAUGGUCCAGUUCCUGCUGGACCGAAAAGGUCUGUCUGAUCCAGAGGCUCGGACUUUUCUGGACCAGCAGAGUCCUCUUCACUACGCUGCCAAGAACGAUGCUGUCGGUUCCAUCAGACUGCUGCUGAAGGCCGGAGCCUCCGUCAGCUGCACCGACUACAAAGAGAGAACACCACUGCAGCUCUCUGCCAACCUGGAGCGCAGUGAAGCAGCUCGGGUGCUGUUGGAGCUCGGGGCGGAGGCAGGGACAAUGGACUCUGAUGGACAGCUCUGUAUAACUGCUCUGAUUGGCCGGAUGAGUCCAGUGGCCCAGCUGGCGCUCAGUCAGUUCCAUGUGACGGACAGAAUGACCAGACAGGAGUACUUCUACCUGAACCUGCUGGAACCGGAACCACACCCACCGAGGACCCACCAGCAAGAAGCAGCCAUCAGUGAACCGACGUCUCCACUGGAGGUAGUGGUGCAUCAUGGGAAACUGGACCUCAUCAUGAAUCCAGUCUUUCUCAAACUGAUCCAGGUCAAGUGGAAACUGUACGGCAGAUUAGGGGCGUGGCUUCUUCUCAUCCUAAACUUCCUGUUCAACGUCUCAUGGACAACCGUCGCCAUCUCCAUCUCUGUGUACCGAGACUCGUAUCGCUACGACCUCCCCCAGGACUGGUGGCGGGUCCUCCUCGUGGUCCUGGCGCUCCUCUUGACUCUGGAGGAGGUGCUGAGGGAAAUACAGGACAUCCUGCGUUCAAGGAGGAAGCUCCGCCUCUGGCAACGGAACGUCUUUGAUUGGCUCGUCUACUCUCUUCUGACGGCGUCCUUCAGCGUCCACAUGGCCGAUGUCAUCCGUCCGUCCGUCCGUCUUCACACCUCCAGCCUCCGUCUGUUCUCCGUCACUGUCAUCUUCCUGUGGCUGAGACUGAUGAAGCACGUCAGAGCCUUCAGGUUGAUGGGUCCGUUCAUCGUCAUGUUGGGCAGCAUCAUCGGGGAUGUGAUGCGUUUCCUGUUCCUCUAUGCUGAGAUCUUUAUUCCAUACGCCUGCAGCUUCUGGAUCGUAUUUGGAGGCUCCUCCACCGUUCCCAGCAUGCAGUCUGUCUCCGGACUGCUCUACAGUCUGUACCGCAUCACCCUGGUGGACGAGUACGAGUACGCUGCCAUGGUAACGGUGGACGGUGUCAUGGCUCCUCUGCUGUGUGGGACCUUCCUGGCUGCAUCCUCCAUCCUGUGUGUCAACCUGCUGAUAGCCCUGCUCACCGACACCUUCCAGAGGGUGCACGGUAACUCCCAGGCUAUCGCUGUGAUGCAGCAGGCCGCCGUCAUCCUGCAGGUCGAGGAAUCGAUGCCCCUCCUCCGCCGUUUCUAUGACAACCAGUUCAUCUCCAACCACUGCGCUCCGUGGGCCGACGCCCACAACGAUGACAUCACCUCAAACUCCCGUUACCAUGGGGAGAUGGGCCGCAUCACCACGCAGAUCAAAAGACAUGGAGACAGUUGGAGGUUCUGGGUGAGUUUCUACAUGUUCAGACUGAUCAAUGGGGCCAUGUUUGAAUGCUCAUUAUACAAAAACCAGACGGCAACGGAUGGAACGCCAAAGUCAAGGCUUCAAGAUGGCGUUCCACAAACCAGCAGUCACGGUGGCACGCCCACUACAGUCUGCUGUGCCGCCACCUCCCACGCUAAAGAGGCAUACACCACCUCCCACGCUAAAGAGGCAUACACCACCUCCCACGCUAAAGAGGCAUACACCACCUCCCACGCUAAAGAGGCAUACACCACCUCCCACGCUAAAGAGGCAUACACCACCUCCCACGCUAAAGAGUCUGUCAAGAAGUAUUAA